AUGGACAUGCCUCAUGAUCAAAAUAUGCCUAUGAUUAUGAACAUGGUGAUGCAAAUGAAUUUCCAUUGGGGUAAAGAUGUGACAAUAUUAUUCAAAGGAUGGCCAAACAAUAACCUAGGCAUGUACAUAUUGUCUUUGUUUUUUGUUUUCUUUAUGGCAUUUGGUGUUGAAAUUAUGUCAAUGGGUCCAAUAAUGAUCAACAAAAGGCCCAUUGGGAUUAUUCAAUCUGGGAUUUAUUAUACUCUUCGAAUGGUUCUUGUUUAUUUUGUUAUGCUUGCUGUUAUGUCCUUCAACAUUGGGAUUUUCAUUGUUGCUAUUUUAGGCCAUGGUUUGGGCUAUGUCGCUGUUAAAUUCCGUGAACUUGUCACGGCUCAGACGACCACGGAUUCAAAUGGUACGGAUCCUAAAGUUUAA